AUGUCUGACUUCAGUGAUCUUGAUGAUGACGAUUUAGUUGAGUUGCUGGAAGCUGGAGUUAACAGAUGUGUAGAAACCACUGUAAGGAGGCACAAUUUACCGGUUCAGAGGGAUUUAGUAGGUAAUAUCUUAAAAGGUGAGAAGAGUUAUUACGAGGAAAUCAAAACAACUGUAACAUAUAAGCCUACUCAUCAUCAAUUAUGCUAUGAGAAGUUGGGACUAUAUGUGUAUCCUACGAAUUAUGAAGUUAGAGAUUAUCAAUUUGAAAUUGUUAAACGUGCACUAUUUGAGAAUGUCUUGUGUGCAAUUCCUACUGGUAUGGGAAAGACAUUUAUAGCCAGUACUGUAAUGCUAAAUUACUACAAUUGGACCAAAACUUCAAAGAUAAUAUUUACAGCUCCUACUAGACCAUUGGUUGCGCAGCAAAUAAAGGCGUGCCUUGGUAUAACUGGGCUACCAUACAGUGAUACAGCAAUAUUGCUAGAUAAAAGUCGAAAACAUAGAGAACAAAUAUGGGCAGAAAAAAGAGUAUUCUUCGCUACACCACAAGUAAUUGAGAAUGACUUAAAAAGAGGUGCGUUGAACCCUAAUGAUAUAGUUUUACUGGUAAUUGAUGAAGCACAUAGGGCUAGAGGAUCGUAUGCAUAUGUUGAGGUUGCAAAGUUCAUAGAUAGAUUCAACACAUCAUAUCGAACGCUUGCUCUUACAGCAACACCUGCAGCUGACUUAGAAGGUGUCCAGGAAGUGGUAGAGAACCUACACAUAUCUAAAAUUGAGUUGCGUACAGAAGAAAGUGAAGAUAUUAGGAAAUACAUGAAGCGAAGAGAUACCGAAAAGGUUAAUGUCCCCCUGCUUCCAGAAAUCGAAGAUAUAAUCGAACAACUUGGAAUUGCGAUAACACCAGUGUUAAACGAGGCUGUUCAACUGGGUAUCUUUGACAGAUGUGAGCCUACUUACAUAAACGCUUUCGUGGCCAUGCAGCAAAGUCAGAAAGUUCUCAUGAAUCCAUCUCUUCCAGAGGGCGUUAAAUGGAGAAAUUAUUUUAUAUUACAAUUACUUUGUCAUGUAGGACACAUGCUAAAACGUUUGAAGAUAUACGGUAUUCAAACGUUUUACACUUAUUUCGACAAUAAGUUCAGGGAAUUCACAACAAAAUACGGUCUAGGGAAAUCUACCAAUAAGACUGCUGCUUCAUUUUAUUACAGUUCAAUUUUAAAAAAUGUCAUUAAAUCCUGUCAGCGCUAUAUAUCUAACCCAGCGUUUUUAGGCCAUGGAAAGUUACAAUGUGUCCGUGAUAGACUAGAAGAAUUUCUUUCGGGUUUACGUGUUGAUUCAAGAGUGAUUAUUUUUACUGAACUUCGCGAGUCUGCGCUUGAACUAGUAAAGUGCAUCGAUGACAUGAAUAACAGACAUUUGAGACCGCAUAUAUUUAUUGGUCAGUCAAGAGGCAAGGAAGGAUUUGAUGAUUCAGAAUACAUAAGGAAAUUUGCUCCAAAGGGUAGAACGAAGGCCGAACGAUUGCGCAGGUUGGAGGAAGAGAAGGAGAUUGCAGCGUCUAAGUUACGAAAAUUGGAAUUUGAAAGGCAGCAAAGGAGUACUCAUAGAACAGCUACCUCUGAAGAAGCACAGAUCACAGGAAUGACGCAAAAACAACAGAAAGAUGUUCUUGACCGAUUCAAACGCGGUGAAUUUAACGUACUUGUAUGUACUUCGAUAGGAGAAGAGGGUUUAGAUAUUGGUGAGGUUGAUAUGAUUAUAUGCUAUGAUACAACAAGCAGCCCAAUUAAGAACAUUCAACGUAUGGGAAGAACGGGGAGAAAGCGCGACGGUAAGAUUGUGCUUUUGUUGAGUGCAAAUGAAAGUAAUAAAUUUGAGAAGGCUAUGGAAGAUUAUAGGGAAUUGCAAAAGUUAAUAUCAAGAGACUCUUUAGAAUACAAAGUCUCAGACAGAAUAAUUCCAAAGGAGUUCAAUCCUGAAUGCCAGAAAGAGUUUAUUAAUAUUUCUACUAAAAAUAAUGAAGUUAAUACAAUGGAAGACACUGACUCAGUUAUAAAAUUUGCAACGAAGGCUAUGCUUGGUAAGCUUGACAGCAAACAAAAGGGUAGAGUGAAACCUGUGAAAGCAGCAUCAAAGCGUUUCUUCAUGCCCCAAAACGUUGACAUUGGCAUUAUCCCAGCCAUGAAAUUGGUUAAGAAACAUAAGCUAAAUCAAGAUGGACAAGGUACAUUAAAUCAUACAGAAGUGAAAAAGCGCAAAGUACCAGAAAACGAAGAGACACUACUCGAUAGGUUAGAGUACGACUCUCUGGACUCUGAAUUUUCCUCACCGGAAAAAAUGAGUCAAGGUCCUAUUGCAGACAUCAAACCGAAGCUUCUUUCCAAUGUUUUCUGCAAACAAGAAAUAUCUGCUACCGACCAUAUUACAUCGUCUCAGUUAAGCUCACUGAAGCUUAAUUCCGAUAUAAUAGCCAAUGAUUCAUGUUCACCUCCAGUGUCUAUAAAGCGCUCACCUGACAGCAGCCCUAGGAAUUCGCAAGGUACGCUAAAGUUGGAGCCGAUUUACAGCCAUAGCCCUCCCUCUCUUUACAAAAAAAGGUUUGAAAAGCAAGAAGGCUUACUAACUCUGCAAGAGCGCUGUUACUUCCAAGAGAACUACUCAAACUUGAACCUCGUAACUUUGGAACCCAUUCCAAGGUUUAUCGUUAAUAAUAAAUCUUUCAGAAUACCACAUACAGCACGUGUGCAAUCUCUUAUUAAUAUUUUUAGUGGAUUGGAAUCUGAGUCCAAGGAGAACAUCAUUGAGAUGAAUAGGUUAAAUGCCUUAUCCCGCCGAAUAGUUCACUGUCAGAAUGAAGAUAGCAGUAGUCAGUUACCUUGUAACAUCAUUGUUCAUAACGAUAACAUUAUUUUAGAUCCAAUUUUCAAUAAGGAGAAUUAUGAAGGAAUUGAAUAG